CAUUGACUAUUUCAGGAAAAUCUUCAACUCAUGCAUUGCAACUCUACAUCUCAGCAGAGCCUGGAGUUAUCUCUGUCUCACUGUCUCUGGCGUAGGAAAGGGAAUCAUGGAAGGUGUGCUUGCUGUUAAAACUGUGAUAAUAUUUGUGAUUGCAGCACACUGUGGAGCUGUGCCCGCCACUUCACCCAGCCAAGAAGACCUGUCUAAAGCCCAGGACUAUCUGUCUCAGUUUUUUUCUGAUGUGGGUGUCAGUGCCCCCAACAGUAUCUGGCGCAGCUCUCUAGAUCCCUUUGAAGACACUCUCAGAAAAAUGCAGGAGUAUUUUGGCCUGGAGGUGACUGGGCAGUUGGACUCCAACACCCUGGAAGUGAUGGCUCGACCCCGCUGUGGUUUCACAGAUGUGGCCAGAUAUGGCCAUUUUGAUGGUCGACCAAAGUGGGGCAAGUCUGUGGUCACAUACAGGAUAACUAACUACACACCAGAUUUGAGUCAGAGUGAUGUGGACGCCACCUUAGCCAAGGCUCUGAAACUCUACAGUGACGUCAUUCCUCUGGAUUUUAGGCAGAUCGACAGCGGCACUGCUGACAUUAUGAUCAUGUUCAAGGCCAGAGACCAUGGAGAUUUUUCUCCAUUCGAUGGCAGAAGUGGCGUCUUGGCCCAUGCAUUCUCCCCUGGAGAAGGCAACGGAGGUGAUACCCAUUUUGAUGAAGAUGAAAUCUGGACUCUAACCUCAGCAGGAACAAACCUGUUCUUGGUGGCAGCCCAUGAGUUUGGCCAUGCACUGGGAUUAGCCCACUCUCAGGUCCAGACAGCCCUGAUGUACCCCACCUACCAGUAUGUGACCACAGAGGGAUAUGCGCUACCAGAUGAUGACAGACGGGGAGUACAGGCUAUUUACGGAGUCAGAGUAAAACCAGCUCAACCUGAACCAAAUCCACAACCUAGACCUGAACCAGAUCCUGGGCCCACAUCAGAACCUUUUCCAGACAGGUGCAACAGGAACUUGAUUUUUGAUGCUGCAACCUCCAGCCAGAGCAAUCUUUACUUCUUCAAAGAUGGAUAUUUCUGGAGGAGGAGCAGCUCCUGGGAUGGCAUCAGUAUGAACAGAAUACAGACUGUCUGGCAUGGAAUCAGCAAAGUUGAUGCUGCUUAUGAGUAUAAGGAUACUUUUUUUUUUGAAGGGGAUCAUUACUGGGGGAUUAGAGGAAGGACUGUCCUACCUGGUUAUCCCAAACCUCUCAGCGACUUUGGCUUCCCCCCAUCUGUAACCAAGGUAGAUGCUGCUGUCCAUGUGUCUUUCAUAGGCAGAACCCUCCUCUUUGUGAGGAACAAAUACUGGAGCUACAAUGAAAGAAGGGGCAGAAUGGAUGGUGGGUACCCAAAAUUCAUUCACAGAGCGCUCCCUGGGAUUGGCUACAGAGUGGAUGCUGCAUUUGAGAACGGAGGUUAUCUGUACUUUUCAUACGGAUCCAGACAGACAGAGUACCACUACCAACGAAGAAAAGUGCGGCGCAUUCUGUUAAACUAUGGAUGGUUGGAUUGCAACUAAAGAAACAAAGACCCAAAUACACACACACACACACACACACACACACACCUGUGGGCACAUAAUAGCUAUGGUCUACUCCACUAACAAAAUUUGAGUAGCUUAAAGUCAAAAAUAUGUUUUCCUUCUUGUUCCUACAGUUGGAUGUUUGAGCGACACUGUACAGAAUCAUGUAUGUCCAUAGUGUCACACUAGAAGGAAGGACUUAGAGUGUUAAAGUUGGACACAUCUUGUGUCCAGCAGGACCAUUGUAGAAAUGAAAAAAAUGCAUAUUCAUAUAUUCUGGAAUUUUUAAUGUGGAAAUUAUACUUUUUCUUUGUGGAAAAAACAUAUCUGACACACAUUAUUUUUCCAAGCCGACUGCCUGGAGGGGAUCUUUAAGGGGGCUUUUCUGUAGAAACCUGCAAAGAAAUACAUAAUGAAAUUGUAUAAUAAUCCUGUAGGCGACACCUAGUUGUAGUCAAUGUUUUUUCUUCUGCCUGUAUAAAUUAAACAUUAACAUUAAACAACAAGUCUUUAAAAGUGA